AUGGAUUUCUUCACGCUUGCCAGCACCAUUGCAGGCUUGGCCCUGACAAUCAAGGAGCAUUACAAAGAACUGAGAUCGAGCGCGAAGAGGAAAGAGCGGCUCAACGGGCGGAUUGACACGUUGGAGGUCACGGUUACAGAAAUGACUCAACACUACGAAAAAGAGCCUCCAAAGAGAAUCAAAGGAGCCUUGGAAGGUGUCCAUGCUGAACUGAAAGGAGUGGAUGACCUGUUCAAGGAUCUCAAAACGCACGGCAUACUGCGAAGGCUGUUUGAGGCUCCAAGCACAAAUGACAAAUACAGAGAUAUAGAAGCUAACCUGGACUAUGCCGUUAAUGUCUUGGAUCUUGCCCAAAACUGGCAACAUUCCCGCCAGAAUGAAGAGUUCCAAAGGCAAGCAUUGCAGCUGAUGGAGACCAUGCAUGACAAGGUGGAUCUUAUUUUGGAGAAACUCAGUCGGCUGAACGACCGCGGCGAACAACAGGUUGACAGCAUCGAGGGGGAUCUGAGAUACAACCAGGAAAUGAUGGAAUUCUUGCAGGCGCAGCUGCAAAUGAUCGACAUUGAGUUGUCGUCUCCGAGGUACCAAGAGCUGUUAAUGCAGAUGCAAGGGGGAAAGUUGGAAGAAGGGAAUGAGGGGCAAGGAAGACGAGCAAAGUGGCAGGAGUCCACAAAGAAUCUGGCACAUGCUCGCAAGCUGGGCUACCUGCUGAUCAGUCGACACAGGCAGCCCUUGAACCUCACAACCUUUUACAAGGUUUAUGAGGCAAGGGAUGCCAUACAGGUGAUAUGCGAAAUGCUUCAUGCUUUUGUGAAGGACUGGGGCUUUUCUUCAGUGAAGAUCGAGACUGUUGUGCCCUCAGACAGAGUCCGCAGAGACAAGUCCAGGCUGGUAGGAUACCUUACAUAUGCCUUGUACGAGGGGGAGGAGUGUGCCUUCAAGAACGAACACCAUAAGGAGGAGUGGAAGGCACUCAGAGCACGCGUGAAGGGAUGGUUUGAUUUGCUCCCGAUGGUUGUGCAGAAAGGUGAUCUGCAGUUGGGAGAGUGCAUUGAUAGCAUGGUGUACAAAGGCACAUGGGAGGGAUCGCCUGUUGCAGUGAAGCGGCUGGCAAGAGGAGACGACCCUGCAACUCUGGAUCUUGAAGACUUUGCAGAAUUCUUCACAACGAUUGUUGCAUUGGCCAAGAUCAGUUCAAACCAUGUUGUGGACUUCAUUGGUGCCACUGAAGCGGGAAUGGUGCUGAUGGAAUUGGGCCAUACUGACCUGUUCAGAUGGCUGGACAGCCACCACUCAGCGACUCUGGCAACAAAGCUGGGCAUGUUGCUGCAGGCUGCCAAAGGUCUGCGGGAUGUUCACAAAAAAAGGUUUGUGCACCGUGCUGUACGCACCCGCAAAUUUGUGAUCUUUGGGGACAAGGCAACCCCCACAGUGAAAAUUGCCGGCUUUGGUCUGGCGAUUGUUAGACACGAAGGUGAGGCCAGCGAGACGUUCCGAACCUACAUCAACAAGGACAGGGACACUGCGUGGGUUGCUCCUGAGAUUUUCACUGGGAAGGCGUACACAACUGCAUCUGACAUCUACAGCUUCGGCAUAGUGCUGUAUCAUGUCCUGGGGGGUCUCUAUCCGUAUGGGAGGAGCACUCCGACAGCAGAAGUGAUGAGGAGGGUGAGGAACGGAGAGCUUCCAAGUCUUCCCAAUGGCAUGCAGCUGCCUGAGAGGUUGUCAACGUUGAUGCAGAAAUGCUGCUCCACCGAGCCCACCCAGAGGCCAGUGAGUAUGCAGCAAGUCUGUGACGAUCUGGAAGCAGUGCACGACAAUCUGAAGAACUGUCCGUGA